AUGGGUGGUGUUGUUGCAGGUCCUCCGGAAUACACCCAAAAGGACGCCUUGGGCUUAGAGAUUCUCUACUCUGGAGAUGAGACUAAAGUCAACAUUGAUAUCAUCGCUGUACAUGGCCUCAACGGCGGAGCUCUGUCAACCUGGAGCAAGCUGCCAGCUAAAGAUGCAAAACCAUGCUGUUGGAUCCGGGAUCUUUUGCCGUCUAUUUCAACUACAGACAUGUGUCCACGCAUAAUGUCAUUUGGCUAUAAUGCAAGGAUUUGGAGCAAAACGGCCAAGCAGACAAUUUACACUGUGUCCAGCGAGCUUCUGACCCAGCUUGUAGAUUGUCGGAAAGGUAUUGAAGACAAUCGGUCCAUACUAUUCAUUGCCCAUACUAUGGGUGGAUUAGUAGUCAAGUCCUGCCUCUUGCUUUCUCGAAGUUCUCGGGACGCAUCACCAGACUUUGAUAUCCAGCGGUCCACGCUGGCAGUAGUUCUCUUCGGUACCCCGCAUUCUGGCUCAAAGCUGGCAGUUGUUGGUAGCAUAGCAUCCAACUUAUCCUCUUUGGUCCAGGGAAAUGCCUCUGUGGAAUAUUUCAAAGGCCUCAAAAUCAAUUCCGCUAUGCAGCAGCAUCUUAAUCAGUAUUCCGAGUUUCAAGAUCGCUAUAGACAACAUGACUUUAUUGAAUCGAAGGCUGAACAUGCUGGGAAGAGGGUGGUAGAUGGAUCCAUUACGAAGCAUCGAACUCUGAAUAUGAGCACUAGUUUUCUUGACGCAAACCACACAGAUAUGGCUAGAUUUACAGGACCACGGGUCCCAAAUUGGCGUUCUGCUUCCGAAAAGAUCCACAGUAUCUUAUGCGCAAUCGAUAUCAACCUAGGAUCGCAACAAGCUGUCAACACUGCACCAGCCAUCUGCGACCUUCUCUUUGAGCGCAAAGACAAAUUGCAUCAGAUCGAUAAAUUACUCGCUAGUUCAAUUGAUGAAAAUGCGCGUGUGGCAAUCAUUUCAAGUAAGAUGCUCGCAACCCUCCACCUAGGAAGAUCUCCGAGCACGACAACAAUAACACUUGACAUCAAACCUUUCUCGCUCGCAGAAAGCUUGUCUUUCUGCCGCGGUAUCUUAACUGCUAAAGGGUACACGCGUGAGAUUUCCAAGGUUUCUAUCUCAUCAAUAUCAGCCUCGUGCGAAAAUCUCCCACUUCUCCUGGCUAUCGUCGCUCGCCACAUUGCAGCAAGGGACUUGGAAGAUUGUAGCCUCGAUAGAAAGCAAAUCAUGGAUAUCAUCAGCUUGUCUUCCCCGGAGGCUUCGCUGAAGCAUAGCACUGAAGAUCUGGACUCAUGCGCUCGGCAUCUUCUGCGCCUUCUCUCGUUCCUGGACAGCCAGGGUGUCUCGAGCUCACUAAUCAUACUUGGUACAGCGUCUACUCCAAGCUUUGUGGACUGCGACGGCAACAGCUGGUUGUAUGUUGAGAAACAGGCUGAGAAAGAUCUGAGACAACAUUUAGAUACUGCAGUCGAUAUCUUUAAAACAAAAGGAUUUCUCAAAUCCGAUCGUCUAUGCCUUCAUCCAGUGGUACAAGAUAAAGCUCUAGAGAGUAUGAGCGUAGAAGAGCGGGUCAACAUCUGGUCAUGGGCGAUUACGUUGAUAUUCAAACUCACACCCAAGCAACAGGGUGGUAUCCCGCUCAGCAAGUAUUGGAAAGGCGUAUCUCAGUGGCUUCCUCACAUUCAACAUCUCUUACAACAAUGGAAGAAUGACCAUGAACUGUCAACAGAGGAUCGCAAACUGUCUGACAAUCCACUCCUGCUCGAAAUCGGUCGAAUCUGGGCCUGGAUGCUAUAUGAGCAAGGAAGGUUAUUAGAAGCCCAGGACAUAAUCGAUACACCCCUUCAUCUCCUGAAGUGCAUCCAGCAACGCUCUCCGAACCUGAAAGUCUCCGCAACAGCGACUCUCGCGCACGAAGGGAAUCAACAUCAGACUGCCCUGGAUGAAAUGAGGGUUUCUAAGUCGUUGAGAGAAUCAGUGCAUGCAUCCAACAGAGAUCUGGUCGAUUCGGACACAAACAUCGCAGUGGCUUUGAUUAUGAUGGAGGACUCAACUGAUGAAGCUACUAAUCUCCUGAAAGCGGGCCUCGCGUACGCCAACAGACAUCGAGAUGACAAAGUCAUGCAGCUUCUAGAGCCCAAAUACCAUGCCAAUUUGGCCUUAUGCCUUUUGCUUCAGAGCCGCUUGCUCGAAGCAUUGGACGAGGUUCAUAUAUCUUUAAAGGGCGAAAAGGAUGCUUUGGAAAAAGCCCGUGUCUAUUUCACACUGGGCAAAAUUCAACUUGCUACAUACAACGCCAAUCAUCCGGAAGCUUUGUACCUAGCAGAAGCCGCAUUUCAAAAGUGCUGGGAUCUUCGCCAGCGGCACAGUGGCACACAUUAUCUUGUGGGCUAUACGCUGCACAAACUUGGGGAGGUUUUCAUCAUGAGGGCUUGUCUCGAAGAAGCAUCGACCUAUUUCCAAUUAGCGGCCCAAAGUUUCCGACAAGCACAAGGCCAGAUCCCCAAUGGACCACUGAUCCGAACGCUGUGGGCUUGGUCCGCUGCUCUCUACUCACAGGAAAAGGUGGAACAAGCUGGUAGUAUCAGGCAAGAGGCUUUGAAUUUGAUCCGACAUUCUGACCAGGUUUUGAGAGGGGCCGAUGGGAAAGCGGAGUUUCGCGUCGCGGACUUGACAUUGGAGCAAUGCCAAACACGAGCCGGCAGAGGCGAGUUUGAGCAAUGGGUGCCUUUUCCUCACCGGUGA